AUGGAGCGGGGGCCAUCCACGCCUCCUGCUGCUCACCAUCCCCUGCUGCUCACCGUCCCUGUCCCUGCUCCAGCCCAGCCCCAGGUCCGCAUCAUCCCUGCACAGACAGGGAACCCCAGCGUGCCCAUCCGCCUCACCUGCCACGUGUGGGGCUUCUACCCCCCCGAGGUGACCAUCAUCUGGCUGCACAACGGGGACAUCGUGGGGCCUGGAGACCACUCGCCCGUGUCCGCCAUCCCCAAUGGGAACUGGACCUACCAGACACAGGCGGCCCUUUCAGUGGCCCCGGGGCUGGGGGACACCUACACGUGCUCAGUGCAGCACGCCAGCCUGGAGGAGCCCCUCCUGGAGGACUGGCGUCCGGGGCUGACACUAGAGGUGACUCUGAUGGUGGCUGUGGCCACUGUCACGAUGGUGCUGGGGCUCGGCUUGCUUCUCACUGGUGUCUACUGCUGGCGGGCCCAGCCCCCUGCCCCAGGUUACACCCCACUUCCUGGUCACAACUACCCUUCAG